CGGGUAGGAUGGACCUUCCCGGCUUCCGUAGGCUAACUCCUAAAUAGCAGUGUUUACUAGUUUACUAGCCGCUAAGUGGAAAAUAUGUCUGAAUAUUCACACGUAAAAUCAACUAAACUUGUUUUGAAAGGACAAAAUAAAGGAAAAAAGAAGAAGCACAAAGAUAAGAGAAAAUCCGCUAAUGAUCAAGAUAAGCUAGAUAUUAUUGGUGGAUGGUGGUGUGUCGGUAAUUUUGGAGACAUUGUGGGAACGGUCGCCAUUGAGAUGCAGAACAACUCGUACAUUCAUGCCCUGGACACUGGACUCUUCACACUUGGUGCCCCACAUGGAGAUGACGAGGGACCGGACCCGCCGGAACAGUUUACCGCCAUCAAACUGUCAGACGCGCGGAUUGCUUUGAAAUCUGGAUAUGGGAAAUAUCUGGGCAUCAGCUCUGACGGUUUGGUGAUAGGGCGCUCCGAUGCCAUCGGCUCCAGAGAACAAUGGGAACCCGUCUUCCAGGAUGGAAAAAUGGCUCUGCUGGCUUCAAAUAGCUGUUUCAUCUCCUACAGUGACGAUGGAGACAUUGUGGCCAAGAACAAGACAGCAGGAGACAGCGAGAUGCUGAAGAUCCGGACUAACACCGAACGAGAAGUCAAGCACAAAGAUGACAUUGCAGAUGAGGACAGAGGAAAUGUGAAAUCCUGUGAGGUCAAUUACGUGAAGAAGUUUCAGAGUUUUCAAGACAGGCGGCUCAGGGUUAACGAAGGCGACGCCUCCACGCUGAAGAAGGCCAGGACGGAUGGAAAGUUUCACGAAGCUUUGCUGGACAGGAGGAGCAAAAUGAAAGCAGACAGAUACUGCAAGUGAAGACUUGAUGGAUUUCUAAUGUGUCUUUUUAAUGUCUUUCUUUUUUUGGAGAAGUAAUUUGAUGUGACUUUUUUAUAUUUUAAAAUAAACAUUUAACG